GUUCGAGGUGGUGAUUUCUUCACAUUGUCACAGCAUUGACAAAAAUAUGACUGUGCUGAUUUAACUUCACACUUUUUGCUUUCCCCCCUCUGGAUUAAUGUAUUUCUGAACUAAAUGUUCAAUUGUUACUGCUGUUGGCGUUAGCGCUGAAGUCAACCUGGAUAAGUUUAAGCAAAGUGGGACUGGAAUGGAUAUGAGCUAUGGCAGACUGUAAUUCACCAACCUCCUCCCCUCAUGAUGACGUCAACCUUGGGCCUUCAGCAAACCCACAUGCCAGGCCCACUGACUUUGACUUCUUGGCUGUCAUUGGCAAAGGCACUUUUGGAAAGGUGCUGCUUGCCAAGCUCAAAGCUGACAACAAAUUCUACGCCGUCAAAGUGCUGCAGAAGAAAGUGAUCCUGAAGAAGAAAGAGCAAAAGAAUAUUAUGGCAGAGAGAAAUGUUCUGCUGAAGAGUCUCAAACACCCGUUCCUGGUUCGACUUCACUACUCCUUCCAGACCUCAGAGAAACUCUACUUUGUCCUGGACUAUGUCAACGGAGGAGAGCUGUUCUUCCACCUGCAGAAGGAGAGAUGUUUCUCCGAGGCCAGGGCCAGGUUCUACACUGCUGAGGUGGCCAGUGCUAUCGGCUACCUUCACUCUCUCAACAUAGUUUACAGAGAUCUGAAACCAGAGAAUAUUCUUCUUGACUCUCAGGGUCAUGUGGUUAGAACAGAUUUCGGCUUGUGUAAAGAGGGUGUAGAACCAGAGGGAACCACCUCAACCUUCUGUGGAACACCAGAAUACUUGGCUCCAGAGAUUAUUCGCAAGGAACCGUAUGACAGGACCGUGGACUGGUGGUGUCUGGGAACUGUGCUCUAUGAGAUGAUCUACAGUCUGCCUCCCUUCUACAGCCGUGAUGUAGGUGAAAUGUAUGAUGGGAUACUCCACAAACCUCUGCACAUGCCUCCAGGAAAGUCUGACGCCAUCCGCUCUCUACUGGUGGGACUUCUUCAGAAAGACCCACACAGACGCCUGGGCUCCAUCGCUGACUUUUUAGAAAUAAAGAACCACAUCUUCUUCACUCCCAUCAACUGGGACGACCUCUACCAUAAGAGAAUCACUCCUCCCUACAAUCCUAAUGUGAGAGGACCAGCUGACACGCAGCACAUUGAUCCAGAAUUCACCAGAGAAAUGGUUCCCAACUCGGUGAGUCGGACUCCGGAGUUCAGUGGCAGCACCAGCUGCAGCAACGCCUUCGUCGGAUUCUCCUAUGUGUCCAAUGAGGACAGUUUUCUGUGAGACACUAUAGAACCUCAGCACAUUCUGGAAACAUCAGUAACUACAGCAGACUUGUCCGUCGACCAUGAUUGACAGCUGAGGUAUUUAAGAUUUUUUAUUAGAUGCCAGAAGAACGUUGGGUUUAUUUAGGCCUUACAAACAUCUGAAGAACACACCUUAAAAAACACCUGCUGUAAUAUUAGUUAGUAAGAUAAUGUUCCAGGAUUAUUCAUUAAUGAACCAUCUGUCCGUAUAUUUGCACCUUUUGUCUGGUUGUUUUCCCAGGUAUGCUCCGAGGGAGGAAGUGAAGCUUAUGAAGAUAUUUGUGGUGAAGUAAUAAAGAGCAUGUAAUGUUGUUGUUUUUAAAAAGGCAUGGAACCAUGUUUUUAUCUUCGUUCAGAUUCAAUAUAGUCUUUGUAUUUAUCUUAAAGCCAGGGUGGGAUGAUCACUGCCAGCAUUUGUACUGUAUAUCUGAUCCAUGAUGGACAGUGUUUCAUAACUGAGAAUGACUUUUAUGGAAUGAUGAAAUGACACCAAUCCUUCUGCCUUAAUUAUGUAAAAUUCCAGUCCAAAAUAAAAAAGAGGUGAUCAAUUAAUUGAAGAUAUUUUACUAUUGCAACAAAUGUUAAAACUUGUAUUGUUGGUUUAUUCCAGUGUGUAAUGGCUUCCUGUGUUGUAAUUUUUCUUUUACUGUUCUAGCCUGAGAGGGCACACAGUGAUGAGUUGUGUUUCCUGAUACUAACCAGCUAAAACAGACCAUGGCGUUACAAAACAUUACACACAAUGUAUCUAUAUAGACAGACUUAGCUGUGAAGAAGGACUCUGCACCAUCGUGGUUAGAAUUUUACAUCCCCCAGAAAUGAAGUUAAUGAUAACUAGAGUUUGAGGUUGGCUGUGAUGGAUCAUAGAGUAGAAAAUGUUUGUCAUAUGUUUUGCUAUUUUUUUUGUUCUCAUUCAUAAAUUAACAUAAAAUAUUGUUUUCCAUCUGAUGUUAAACCUCAAUCUCUGCAGCCAACAUCUGUGUGGGAAACAAGCUCGUGUGGCAAAUGGGCUAAAAAGCAGGAUGCAUAUAUUUCAUCUGGGCCAUUAUGCCAAUAGAGCCCACAUGAUAAUUCAUAUGACAAUUAUACUCUGUAGAGUUUGACCUACUAUGAUUUGCCCACACAUACAUGCCAAUAUUUCUUAUUUUCUACAUAGAAAAGGUAAUAAUAAAUCAAACGGCUGUCAAAACAUUGACGUGCACUUCUUAAUGAACCAUUAAACUUGACGUAAGCAAAGCAGAAACAGUGUGUGACAACUGUUUUCAACGUUGUUCCAUGUUGCAAUAGUUUAACUGUUGACUCUUAUACUUAAAUACCCACACAAUUUCUGAACAAUGUUUUUGGUCUAAUAAGUCUCCAUGCAGUUGCAAGUUCUAUAAACUAAUGUAACUAAUGUGUAGCUAAAAUGUUAAAUAAAUCAGAUAAAUUC